CACCCCCUCCUUCCUCACUUUCCUUCUUCCUCUCAUUCACAAAAUCAAAAACCCUCCUCUUCUUUCUCUCUCGACCUCUUCCAGUUCCCACUGUCGACUUCUCUGUUAGAAUACCCUAGAACCAUAUCGAACUCUCUGGAAAACCAAACAUGGGUGGAUGCUUCUCCGUGAGUACUUCUUUUGAACCCUCUCUUCACUCUUCUUCUCCCACAGCCAAGGUUGUCUCCGUGAAUGGGAGACUCCUAGAGUACCCUGUUCCCGUCGCCGUCUCGCAAGUCCUCAAGGCCGAGGAAGCUUCUUAUUCUUCUUCUUCUUCCUCCGCGCCGUCGUUUUUUGUCUGCAACUCCGACUGGUUGAACUACGACGAGUAUAUUCCUGCUUUGGAAUCCGACCACCAACUCGAGGCUGAUCAGAUCUACUUCGUACUCCCUGUUGCUAAGCUCCAACGUAGGCUCACUGCCACCGAUAUGGCAGCGUUCGCCGUCAGGGCCAGCGUCGCCCUCCAAAAUGCAUCUUCCUCGUUGGAAAACAAGGAUCGUACUCGUCGACGGAAACAGAACAGGGUCUCUCCCAUUUUCGUUGUGAAGUCGGAACCCAAAUCUGGGUACGAGUUUGUGGAUUACGAGGCUGAUUUUACGAUUGGUCCAUCCAAUUCCGUCAUGAAGAAGAAGGUGAUUCUGCCGGAAAAGGCUGCAGGUUUGGGGGUUUCCAGAUCUGGGUCAGUCAGGAAGUUGCAGAGAUACACAUCGAAAAGGGUACUGAAGAGGGCCGUUCGGUCGUUUAAACUCAGAUUGACCCCAAUACAAGAAGGUACCGAGGUAUUUUGAGCCUGGUCAUUGUCGCGCACAAUCAUCAAAGAGAAGAUUAGAAGAGUUUUUUUUUCUUUGGCUGUUUACAUGUAUAUUUUAUUUUGUAAAUGAAUUUGGAGUGUUUGAUUA